AAAUCCAACCAAGAGCGAUCGAAGAGAGAGCAAGAUACUACAUCGGCAAAAAACAGAGUUAGAAAAGAAGACGUCGAGUUUUGGCAAUUCGUAAGUGCUGUUCUAAGUAUAUGAGUUAAAGAACCGAAUAACGCGGUAAGCAACGUCAACGAAGAGAUCGUUACUGAUCUAAAAAAAUGCGUGCGAGAAGGACCAGGAACGAGAAAGAUGAUCCCCUCGACUUUCCCGAGGAGCGGGUCAAGGAGUUGGUAAUCGAACUCUUUCGAAUCCUUCUUCAAUACCUCUCUGAACUCUGGACUGCAACACUCGUUGCUAUCGACCAUCAKGGGAAGGAGGCCCAGAAACAGCUACUGAAAUGGUACCAGGAAGCCCAGGAUUCUCUUGCCGAUCGUGCUUUGAUUCUGUACAACAAGAUCCCUGAUUCGUGGCACGAACAUAAGCGUUCCGUGUCCAAUAGGUGCUCCGAGAUCUUCGAGGCUUCAGACGAAUGGCUCGAAAGAACGUUGGAGUUGACCCGAUUCCGACUCGCACUCCUGCCCCCUCUGCUUGAAGAUGCGCGUCAUUCCUUUGAAAACUUACCUCUUGAGAUGCAGGGAUCGAUCGCGCUAGCCGUUGUCCUGGUGGCUCUUGGGUGGGUCUUAUUGCUGCGGAAGCUGUGGCGAAGUUACUGCCGUAGUCUAAGGAAACACAAUCGGCGCAAACGACGAAAGCUGAGAGUCAAAGAAGGGCAGGCAGAGAUCUUGCACGGCCGGACCACUUUGGUUUAUGGAGCCCACGGAGAUUUAAGGGACGAGGAGUACUUGGACGACGAAUCGAUCACUAGCAGUAUGCGGCGCAGGGGGUUCGGACGCUUCGGGUUUGAUUUCUUUGGUAUCAACAAGUUUGCGGCGUCUCCAAAGAAACGGUCUCCGUCGAAAAAAAAACGACGGGCAGGUAGCCAAGACAAGUACAAUCGAAAUCGCGGACGGAGCAGAUCCUCAGGUGAUCACAACUUUGGCUCUCCAGCUCCGAGGAAGCGCACCAGUUCCACCGAGAGCUUCGGUAAUCCAGCAAUGAUACGGCCGCGUAGUAACAGCUCGGGAAGCCUGGGAGACACCGUAGGCGGGUUUCUACAAGGCUUUGGGAGCUUAGCGACACGCUUUGCAACACAAGGUAGUAGCAACAGCAGUAAYAUCGCUAAAACAAAAAAGGCGCAGACCCCCAGAUUCAAAAAAGAACGACUGGGAAGCAUGGACGUCUUUUUCGCUCCCGGGAAGAACGGCCAGCCUACCCCCUCGACACCCCGAACGGCUAGAAGUGCAAGCUAUGACUCGGGCAGCAAAAUAUAUCCACACACGAGACGACAAGUCUCUACCGAGGAACCUCUAAACGAUACUGUCAACACAUGGGAAGAAGGGCGACAACAGCCAAGACGCGAUGGUGGAUUUAAGAGUGUACAGGCGGAACGCCAUUACUACARUGGGGAUGACAAAUACGGAGACCAAGACUCAAUCGACAGCAACGAUGAAGAUGAAACAAGAUAUUUAUACGACGAGUUUGGGGUGGUGACCUUGUCUCAUAAGGUUACAUACCACGGACCCUUCCAACCAUUGCUACAUUGUGGAUCGACCCUUGUUCCGCCUCUCCCCCUUGAAGUGGUAGCGCGAAAGAUAUUCUCUGCCGAAAACGACUUACCCCUCAAGCGUGUACUCAAGCUAGACUUACUCAAGAAUACUCUUACCGUGGUCGAGCCCUCCACUAGCGUGAGUCAAAAUGGAAAAUGGGACGUCGUGUACGAGGACAUUGACUCCAUUUCAUUGAAAUUCAAGACUCCUCUCGAGGGCGGAGCUUUUUGGAUAUACAGAAAGGGGACGCCACAACACAAUGCAGAGCACUGGAAGGAGCACACGUCUGAAUCAGCCCAUGCUGCUGCCCAAUUUCAGUUGGACUUCUUGGCCUUCCAGAUUUUGGGGCAGUCACUCAAGCAAAUAUUCGAGGCUCUCAAUCUUGUUCACCAGGGGAGUCUCGCUUAUAGCGGGCAGGAAUUGGUACURCACGACAAUCAUCGGGGGAGCGAUGGUUCCGAAGAAAAUGAGAAUGGCGACAAAAAGGGAAAUAAAAAGUCUACCACUAAAUCAGUAGAAGCCACCCAGUGUGUUGCAUGGGAUGAUGCGAUGCGAGCAAUGAGUAGCAUCCCGACCGUUCGUAUCGCUCUGGAAAGAUUGUGGCUCUCACACCGACGUCCGAAYGAGAUUUCAUCAUCCUUUCAAAUCAAAGACAAGAGCAAGCGGGCGAAAGAGACCAAAGAGAAAGAGCAAGAGCAGAAGAAUAUCACAAGGGAAAGGAAAUCUCCAAAGAAUGCCAAGGAAAAGUCCAAGAUUGCGCUCGAUAGCGAAAAAGUCUCCGAUGCCGACUUGAGCCUACUAAAGGAAGAAUACAUUAAAAAGCGAUUGCUCUUAGGACCAGUGGAUUUCUUUCGGUUGUUUGUUCCCACCCUACCGGAAACAGCUGUCCCCGAGGGCGAUACGAACAACCGCGGGCGUAUGGAACAACUUCUGCGAUGGAGAAAGCGCGUUGCACGGGCUUCGGUCCUUGUCCGAUCCUACGCCCGGGCCAGACGUGUGGCCAACAAGGGUUGGGAUCUCGAGCAAAAUGUUUCACAAAACUUUAUCAGUUCUGCCCUCGAAGUAUCGGGGGCCAGCCUUGGCGACUUUGGAGGUGAGGAACUUACGAAACGGUUUGCCUACGAUGGGAACGCAAACAAUAAUUUGAGGGAUAUUGCCGCCAAGAACGAAAUCUACGAGGCCUCCGUCUCGAGGGAUGUAAUGUGUCACGUAAGACCUUUUGAUUACUUAUUGAGCGACGAGGAAAAGAAUGGACGUGGUGUAAACGAAGAGAGCGAAGCUGGGAAGCAGGAUGGCGUCGGUAAUGAUGAUAGCAGCAGUUUGGGGGAGGAAGAAAAUUCCGAGAAACACCUGGUCAUGAGUCCCUACCAAGCAUACACAUACGUCACCACGCAUUACUUCAAGGCGAGCAACGACAUGCUAUGGAAAGGUGGCGCUCUUCAUCCUUCCCGCGAUCCAGUGGAAAUGUUUCCAUCGCUGAAACAUAUCAUUGUAAACAACCCAGACCUUGACUUUUUCGUGGAUUGCACCAGCAAUGCUACCAACAAUGUAGUAAUGAUCAGUUUAUUUGUUCGGUCUUUGCCGAAGGGCAUCGAUCCCCAAUUCGACAAUGUUGUAAGUAGCAUGAUUGGUGGCAUUUUUCUGCGUAUCGCUAAUGUUUUUUCAUUCGAAUUAAGUCUCACAUAUCUCUUGCUGCCACACGGGGAAAGAUUGAACGAUUUUCAAAUUCAUCAGAGAAAAGUCGUAAAGAAAAAUUGUACCUUAUGUUUCAGUUGGGGAAUGGUGCCGAUCUUACUUUUUUUGGAUGGCUCUUUCUCAAGCUUGUGUCGCUCUACUUUCGGUUGACGGACACUGGUAGAGAUUCUCCUAUGAAUCUUUCAGCAGACGAUCGAUAUGGAUUUCCAGGAGUCAGAGCUGGAGGACUGUUUCGAACAUAUCACUUUGGUGGAUCACUGCAAAAGGGUACCGAUAAGCCGAAGAAUUAUAUUGGGGUGACAAAAUGUGUUGCAACAUCGUAUCAAGAACGAGUCUUUGGCAAAAUGCUUUUCGAUAAGCUCCAGCAAGAGAUGACCACCAGCACCAUUGAUUAUACUUAUGUAAUCGAGGGGACGCAGAACGAUGAGCUUCCAGAAAGAGCCUUGUCUACUCUUCGAUUUGUUCACGUCGAUCCCGUCAAGGUCGCACAAGAUCCCCGAGUGCAUCUUUCAAUUGUUGAAGAAACUGAAGAAGACGAACCAAAAUCGUCACGCCCAAUCCUGCAGCGAUCAAAACCCUUUUCUCCUCUCUUAUUUCGAAAAGCAUUUGAAUCAGUGUUACGAUUCGGUGAAUCUGGUUUUAAUGUUUUCUCAACGAAUAAGAAAAAGAAAGGUUCUCUGCAAGCCAUUUCAGAGGAGGACGAGCGCGGAUUUUUCGACGAAAUUCCAGAACAUUUAUUAAGGGGCAAUGCAGAAUUGGACUAUCGCGAAAAAGCCACCGAUUUGGUCAUCGACAUUCUGCGUUCAGUGAGGGUGCCAUUCCGGCACAAACCAGAGCACUUUGAUCCAACGGAUUCGACCAGAUGGCACGAUGAAACCGAAGAAACAGGCCUCGUGGUAAUGAGUAGGAUUCCCGUUCUUAGACUCUUUGAUCGGAGCGACAUUCAGCGCUACAUUUUCCAUUCCGACUAUGACCUGAAGYUAGCUUCCAGGCGGCUUGUGGAGACCGCAGCAUGGAGAGGGAAGACGUUUCCGAUCGACAAGCGGAGUUGUCGCAUCGAGUUGCAAAACGGACAGCUCUUCCAGCAAGGAUACGACAGGAAGAACAACCCAGUCUUUUACUUUCGAAAUCUGUGUCGUGGACCGUGGCGGGGAGACAUCGAUGCAGCUAUAAAAUCAAUUCUGUAUCGAUUUGACAAGAGGCUUCGCGAACUCUGCAAAAGCAAUCCAAGCACACGGGUGACCUUGGUGAUUCUAAUGGGCCAUGCGAAACGGGGUGCGAGAAAGAAAAAAGAUGCAGAGACUCUGAUCCUGGAAUCGGUCAACGAAGCCGAUGCCGAAGACGACAUGAUUAUCGAUGAACGCAACAUUUCCGCGGGAACGAUGGUGUUGGACAUCCCGAGCGAGGAGGAAAUCAAAGUCCAUUCCGGGAAUCCACGGAUUUCAACCGAAGAAAAAUGGAUGUGCCACACCAACAUGGAAAUGAUCCAAAGAAUCUUUCCGCAGUUGAUCCGCCACUACCCCGGUCGUCUCUCGGGAGUCUUAGUGGUSAAGGGAAGGGGGAAAAACCAUUAUUACCGGGACGCAAUGUCGGGAAGAGCUAUGGCAAAGAGGCUGCUCAUCGAGGCCGGUAUAGACGACUGGAAACAAGCAAUGGGCAAGAUUCGUUUCGUCAACAAAACUGCCGACCUGAUCACUCACAUUUCGCUGAAGGAUCUGCCAACAUUUGUGGGGGGAAUCGCGCCGAUUCGUGACUCGGCCUACGAGUUUGAAUAGUCUUUUUCCGGAGUGCCUCUUCGUG